AUUUUCAUAUUUCAUUAUUUUCUUUUCUUUGAUUCGUCCGACCUUUUUGUUCUUCCUUCUUUUAGUUCAUUCAGCUUUUCCACUUACAAAGGCUACUCACUACCUGUUUUAGUAGGUACCUCAAUCAAACCAUCAUUGACUUUUCCUUACAUCAUUCGUACAACCUCGAACUGCAUCACAAAUCUUCAACCACAACAUUUCACCCCCUCCCCCAUCCUAAAAUACCAAAAUAUCGUUGGGCCAGUCCACGAUGGAAUCAAUUAUUCUCCCUUCACCGGAUCUUCACGAUGUAAUUGGGAAAAACUUACAAGAUGUUCCCGAUAAAUCAAACGGAACCUUGAAUCGAUCAAGAUUGGCUUCAUUCUCGACAACUCGAGAUUCGAGUAUCUCAUGGGGUCGACGGCAUCACCAUGGUUCUUGGUUACAUUCCUUAGGGUGUGCUAGUAUCAUGACUCUCUGUCCUCUAAUUGUUAUAUUUUAUUGGAUCGCACUUUCACGAUUCGAUGGUUCUUUAACUUCUACAUACAAAACAAUGGCAAUGAUGGGUCCCGUCAAUUUCUUAUGGCAACAUGCACCACGAGGAAAUAUGAGAACGAAUGUUGGUUAUGGCGCUUGGUUGUUGUUUCAAGGAAUUCUUUAUCAAUUUUUACCUACAAAAUUGAGUUCGGGUCAACUCACUCCAGCCGGACAUCUUCUCAAAUAUCGUACGAAUGGUCUUUCAGCUUGGAUUGUCACUCAUGCUUUGUUUCUCAUUUCGUCAUGCUGUGGACUUUUAGAUCCGGCAAUCCUGGCAAAACAUUGGCAAGCAUUAUUGAUUUCAGUCAAUGUUUAUGGUUUUCUACUAUCUGGGUUUGCCUAUUUGAAAGCUCAUUUGAGUCCAACGCAUGAAGGCGAUCGAAAAUUCAGUGGUGAGUUUCAUCCAUGAUGGCAUUCUUGGAAUGUGAUAUUAACACGUGACAGGGUCGAUUUUGUACGAUUUAUAUAUGGGAAUUGAAUUGAAUCCUAGAUUCGGAAAGUACUUUGACUUCAAAUUGUUUCACAAUGGUCGACCUGGGAUAAUUGCUUGGACUCUCAUGUAUGUCAUUAUCUAAUCACAUUGAUCAUACGUUAAAUCUGCCCUUCCUUUUCCUGCAUUAUUCACUCACUAACCUGAAUUCUAUAUAGUGACAUGUCCUUCAUCGCAUACCAAUAUCAAAUCCAUGGAUAUAUCACUAAUUCAAUUCUUCUGAGCACUUUUCUCCAUAUUUUGUACGUGGUGGAUUUCUUCAUCAACGAAGAUUGGUACCUUCGAACCAUUGAUAUUUGUCACGAUCACUUUGGUUUCUACCUCGCCUGGGGAUCUAUGGUGUGGUUACCUUCUAUGUAUACCCUCCAAACUCAAUAUCUCUCAAUAAAUCCUCACUCCUUAUCACCUCUUGCCGCCAUGACGAUAUUCGCCUUAGGCGUUAGUGGCUAUGUUCUCUUCCGCAGCGUCAACCACCAAAAAGAUCUCGCCCGUCGCACUAAAGGAAAGUGUCAACUCUGGGGUGCUCCAGCUGAUGUUUUACGCGUUACUUAUCGAACCAAAGAUGGCAAGGAACACGAAAGUAUUCUUCUUUGCUCGGGUUGGUGGGGUUUGGCUAGACAUGUCAACUAUCUGGGUGAUCUCAUCCUUUCCUAUUCGAUGUGUGCAGCUUGUGGGACCAAUAAUUUACUACCAUGGACUUAUGCAAUUUUCAUGACGAUAUUGUUGAUUCAUCGUUGCUGGCGAGAUGAGGAAAGAUGUUCGAAGAAAUAUGGCAAAGGUUGGGAAACUUAUUGUCAGAAAGUUAAGUGGGUUAUUGUGCCUGGUAUCUAUUGAUGCAUGCAAAUGUGUGAGUGGAUGAGGAGCGAUUCAAUUACAAGGCGAUGGAAAGUAAAUGGGGAUAUGGCUAGAUUAUGGGUCGUUUUUGGCCUGGCAGAAUAUGGAGGUCAAGGAAUGAAGAGCAUGACGAAAUAUUCCAUGAGGGAGAAUUGAUCAAUAGAUUGGGUUGAGGUAUGUAUAUUGAGAGUCGCAUCACAAUAGAAUGGAUGAUGGAAGGGAAGGGAAAAAGAAUGAGGAACAAAGAAGCAAAAAUUGAUGGAUGAAUGGGAUGAAUGGGAUGAAAGAGGUAGUGCAUUAUGAAUGGAGCCAAUAGACCUUAGACACACAAGUAAUAAAAUUAGAUUGCGUCGAAUUCCU